AUGUCACAACCCAUUGGUACUUCUACACGUUCUAUACACGCGGAUGAUGUAUUGAAUGUAGUGGACGAUGUCGCACCUCCCAUUCACGUCUCAACCACGUUCCGCUAUUCCAAUAAUCCCGAUGACUUAAUUCCAUAUGCAGAUCGUGAGAGCACGGACUUCUUUGAUGAUCCCACUUCCCACAUCUACUCGCGCCUCUCCGCGCCCAAUUUCACCCGCUUUGAAGCCGUCCUCUCAUCUCUUCUCAAUGGCAAGGCAAUCAGCUAUUCUUCCGGCCUCUCCGCCCUCCAUGCCGCCUUAACGCUCCUCAAUCCCAAGCGCAUUGCCAUUGGCGAUGGAUACCAUGGUUGUUUCGGCGUAGUAGCCCUCUUCACCCGCCUCAAUGGCCUCCAAAAGCUUGAUCUCGACUGCGCAGCCUCCGAACUCGAAGCAGCCCACUCGCGCGGCGCAUACCUCAUCGUCGACAGCACCUUCGCUCCACCACCUCUCCAGGACCCAUUCCUCUUCGGCGCAGACAUGGUCAUGCACUCUGGCUCAAAAUAUUUCGGUGGACAUAGCGACGUUCUCUGCGGUGUUUUGGCUACUAAUCGCGAAGACUGGUAUAAGCAGCUCUUCAGCGAUCGUGUCUUCAUCGGUAGCGUCAUGGGUAACAUGGAAGGCUGGCUCGGCGUGCGCAGUCUGCGAACCUUGGAGCUUCGCGUUCAGCGCCAGAGCGAGAAUACCACCCGUCUCGUAUCGUGGCUGCACACGGCUUUACAUGCGCCGAACCCAGCUGCUGGAUCUGAUGAGGCCGCUAUCCAGGCUGUGCUUGCAGAAGUCUUCCAUGUUAGCGUUCAGAAGACUGAGGGUGACUGGCUGGCUAAGCAGAUGCCGAAUGGUUUCGGCCCUGUGUUCUCAAUUACUAUGAAGGAAGAACGCUUUGCGAAGGCGUUGCCGAGUAAAUUGCAUUACUUCCAUCAUGCUACUUCGCUUGGUGGCGUUGAGAGUCUUAUCGAGUGGCGUACUAUGACGGAUACCACUGUUGAUCGCCGCUUGUUGCGGAUUAGUAUUGGUUUGGAGAAUUGGGAGGAUUUGAAAUCGGAUUUCGUUAAGGCUUUCCGGGCUUUGGCUGAGAAUUGA